UCAAGGGAUCACGGGAUCGAACAUACCUCUGUUUCGGUUCCUGUUGGCAGAAUAUGUGAACUCAACUGAAAGUUAUAGUCAUUAAGCGCUUCAUAUUUGGACGCUGUGCUAUAUGCAAGGCUUCGUCAUGGAGCUAGGGGUUUUUGUUGCACUUUUUGGAUCCUUUUUUCUAAUAACAAGCUUUCACCUAUCUCAAGCUGCCUUCUCAAGUUGUUCUGAAUUUCCUGUCAUACCAGAGGGAUCUUAUGACAUGAGUUCUGAUUCUUAUAACGAUUAUUCCAAGAGGCCACUGGGCUUCAUGCAUGCUUCUGCUCAGGAUCCAACUGUUUCCACUAAUGUCCCCAAUCCUUGUGCAUCACUCACCAAUCUCACAAAUAAGGCAGUGGAAGUGUUGGUUGAAACUGUUGUGCGAGGGAAACAAGUUUGUGUUGAAAGUGAUGAUGGAAAGGUGGCAUGUGGAAUGGAUACAAUAAACCUAUGCAAAGAAGCCACCAAAGAUACGAUGAAAUAUGAAUUUUACUGUGACCCUGCCAAGGGGUGUGCUGGCAGUGUUAGUUUCUGGUACAGACUACGGCCAAGUGAAGGAGAUCCUGAUAUGUGGUGUUUGAAUACUCGCCAAGUAGCAUACCCCAGUAGCUUGCUACCUGUUCCUACCAAGCUUCCAACCAAAAUGACAACUGCAAGCACUGCUCAGGUCAUCAGACUAUCUUCUCUUACACAGGGAUGUGCACUUGUACUACUGCUCUAUGCUCUCAUGGGUGUUUUGUAAUUAGAAAGUAAUAUUUCAAAGGAAUGUGUGUUUUUAGAUAUCAAGAUGACAAUUGAUUAUAUUGAUCCAAUUUAAACAUUGAAGAGAGUUUAUACAGUUUAAAUAAUUAUUCCUGUCUACACCUAUUUCAGAUGAGGUUGCACUCAGAGAAUCCAUGUGUCGUAUUACCCACUUUGCUUUUUGGAUAUCAAAUAAAACAGGUUUGGAAUGCUCUGUCUUCUUAGUGCUUUCAGAAAUCACGAAGCGAUUCAUCUAUUUGACUCAUGGAGUGCAAACUUUAUAUGAAAAUGGGAACAAAAGAGGGCAUACAUAAAUAUAUAAUCCACUAUUAUUGACUAGCAAAGGAAGAGUUAUCUAGAGUAAGUGUAUUAUAAUUUCUAAGUCCUUAGUGAGAACUAAGUUAUUGUAAAGUUAAGAUGGUAAUUUUUGAAAUAAGACGACAUUAUACAUGGUAGACACCA